AUGGCAAGAUAUCAAAAUAAAAGAUUUGGUUUCAAACAAAACAAAUUUGGACAACAACCACGCUCGGGACCAAAGGACCCCGUCAAGAACAAACAAUGGUUCAUCAAUCAAAAGAGCAAGGAUGAGAAUGUGAAAAAAUCAACCAUAUUUGCAGGAACAAAUGACACUUUUAUGCUUGAAAAAGUUUUGUCGGAAAUGUCCUACAAAGUUAUUAAAGCCAGAGCAAAACAAGAAAAUAAACUUUAUGCCUGGGAUCUCAUUAGAAUCGCUUUGGAACAUAUGGUCGGAGAAGCGAAAGAUUUUAUUGAAGAAUAUUUUUCUGAGGUAGAUGACCAAUUGGAAACUUAUGUGGAUUCUAUUUCAGAGGCCAGUGAACUUAAUGUUCAGAAAUUUUUCUCUGAUUUAAGAGCGGAAUUCAAAAAACCUAACCAUACAGACAUGAUUUUGGAAAAAUUGGCGCAAGUCAAACAAGAAGCAAAAUCGUUAAAUGAAUUUAAGUCAGAAUUUUUCGAUAUUGUGCAUUUAUUGAGGUUGCAUGAACGCUUGGCCAAAGAAGCUCACAUUGUUCACCUUUUCCAGGGAGCCGUGAAUGUUCAUUACUUUCAAGUAGCACAGCAAAUUUCCAAAGUGGAACAAAUUAGGUCAAUUAAAGAAUUACCCGUUGAAACCAUUGCUAAGUUUGGAGGAGAACCGGUUAAGCAGAGAUAUGGUAACCUUGAAAAGUCAAAUGGAAAACCCAACUGGAAAAUAAAUAAGAAUGGAAAAAAUAAGGUUCCUAAGUGUAAGAUUCACCCAAACGGAAAACAUACCAAUGAAGAUUGUUACGUCCAGCAAGGCAAGGCUAAAAAUGGGAAAUUUUCCAAGAACAAGGAAAACAAAGACAACUCAAAUACAACAAAAGAUUAA